AUGCGUGGCAUUGCCGAUGGCGCGGGAGUUACGCUAGAGGACAUUGUGCUGCUCAACGCACGGUACGAUCUUGCCAGAAUCGAUGAGCCCGAAGAUGAGCCCAAUAAUGGCACUAACGGUACCAACGGCAUUCACCACGACGAAGACGUGGCAAACGAAUGCACAAGCGCCUUCUUCCUAAGCCAAACCACCGCAAGCGGCAACGUGUUCAACCCGCAAAACUGGGACAUACCCGUCCUAACGCAAGCCCUCCAUGUUCCUCGUGGCGGAAGCCGGGCAGCUAGGGCGGUCAGGCAUGAACUCGUUCGGCACCGCCGUGACUGCGAACUCGCUCAUGUCGACCGGUACCCGGGGGGCAGCAGCUGGUUCCGGCGCUCGCGGCUGCAGCAGCGGGUGCGCUCUCCUGCUGCCGGGAGGGAGAUAAGCGUUGAGGGUGUGGUGCAGGCGCUGAGCGACCACCUGAGCUACACCGAGGCGCUGUGCGACCACCCGGACGACGCGCCGGUCGAUGCGGUGAUAAGGCAUUUGCCGGGGUACCCGUUCCGCAGCUCGUCGGCGACGGUCGCGUGUGUGCUGUAUAAUGUGACGAAGCGCCAGGUCACGGUGUGUAAGGGCCCGCCGUGCCAGGGGGUGUUUGGGACGUUUGAGUUGGGGGGAAUGGUGGAAAGGGGUGAUAUAGAGAAUAUAUUUGCAUUUCAGGUAUUAUAG